AGGCAGCCAGGGGUCGUAAGGUCAGAUUCGGCGUAUAAUCGUUUGCAUCCGAGACGCAUACGAGUACGAGUACGAGUACGAGAACGCGGAUGCCGCGAGUUAACGUGCCCCGACUUACAUCACUGGCAGUAAAAGGUCGACAACGACAAUUACGGCAAGCGAGAGUGCGGCUCGCCAAGUUCUCGCAUUGUUCAAUAAUUUGCGAAUCGGCAGGAUUUAGGUCAUGAUCGGCAUUGUUAUUUCUCCGAUGGUGAAUCUCGGCUUCAGUUUUGCCCUGACGACAUUCUUGAUCCCUCUUCUUCUUAUCGCGUACCUAGUGGUGACGUGGACCAGAAAAUGUUGGAUACGCUUUGUCAAAUGGAAACAUCCGAGUUAUAUUGUUGUGGAGGAGAACAGCAUUCGGAGCAUCUUGGACCAGGGACGCAAUCACGGCAUAUGCACCUUACUCGUACAAGGGCGCUCGAUCGUCAAGGGCGCGAGAAAUCACUUGGCGCAUUUGACUUCGACGAGAAAAUUCCUUAAAUCGGCUCUCUUCACCCGAUGGGGCUUAUACGUAUGGAAAGAACUCGAUUACUUCUCCGUGGACGACCAUCUCGCAACGUCCCCGUCCUCCUUCCGAGGUCGUCCCAUCACCGAGAACAAUAUACAGGAUUACAUAAGUGACGUCACGUCGAAAUUUCUUCCGAGGAGAUUACCGCCUUGGCAGGUGCACAUAGUCACGUGCUUCGUGCGAGGAGAGGAACGUCAGAUAUGUCUCGUGCGAGCGCAUCACUUGCUCCUGCGACAGGAGCAUCUAACUCUGGCGGACUUUUUGCCGUUAAAAUAUUCGACCGACAACUGGACUUGUCAGGAGAGCGAUUCGCCCUUUACCAAUCUGUACGCCCAACCCUACGCUCUCCCGCGUCUUCGACAGAUGCUCAUCGAGAGUUUCAGCAACUAUUGGAACGACUUUCUUUACAAUAACGAUCCUACCGAGCGGCCGGAGAUUCUAAAGAAGCGUACAGGAAUAUUUCAGUGCGUCAAGAUCGCGACGAUAGUGCUAAUUUGCACUCUGAAAGAACUGGCCAGACAGUGCCGAAAGUCGGAAGGACUAAAGUUCCUGGAGGUCCUGUCGAUCGUCCGGCGCGAAUCAAGCAAAAGAAAUUUCACGUCUCGAUUAAUAUUCGACUCCAUUGCAAAAUCCUUCAACCCGAUCGACGUUCUUUACACGUGUGUCGCUCUGUCCUGGUACAUGGUGAUCACGUCCUUUUUAAAGACGCCUCUCUUGCUCGUUCGAGAAUUGCGAGCGUUACAAUCGCGACAUAGACACUGUUAUCCGGACACCUUGACGUAUACGCUGUCGUGUUACCUUCCCCUGAUGUUUCAAGCGAUUCGAGAGACGAUGUCUAUUAGUUGGAUAGCCGUAACUGCGCCCAAAAUCAUAAUCGAAGAGCUAUUUUUCAAGUAUCCGCAGUCGAAUCGGCUGCAAACCAUCUCACCGUGCGGUAGGAAGGUAGUGGCUUGGUCAGAAGAGGUCGACGUCGAGCUCGUACGAAAAAUCGCCAACGUGACUGGCGCGACGGAGACGGAGAUUCUUUUAGCGGCUACCGUGGACGCCCUGAAAGAAUACUUUAAGCACUCGGCCGUCGACGUGCCGGACGAUGUAUUCGCGACAGUCAAAUACGUGAGUCAGCGAGCGGUGUUCCUUCGAAAUCACGAGGCCAGGGGUAUCCUCUGUGUCGCAUUGCCCACCAGAACGCCCUUGUUCCACGACGAUCUCAUUGAGAUGUUGCAGGUAAUUCAGCGAAACGUGCAGGAUGCCAGGUCCCGACAGAGCGCAAUUUACGCUAUCACGGCAGCGGAAACAUCCUGCGGAUUGAUUUCGUCCUGUGUUCCGUCCAUCGUUUUGAAAUUACUUUUAAAUCAACUGUCGAAAAGAUACUCUCUAUGUUUAACGCACGUCGACGGAGAUUUACCUGUGGAGGGCGUAGACGGAGCAGUCUAUUGGCGACCGCCGCAAGGAAACUGUAACAUGUCUAUGACUCUGCACAGGCAUGGAAACGGAGUACGCCUUGGUAUAAUGGGAGACGCCUUGAUUGGCCCUCAGCAUUUUAUCGUCGCGAGAACGUUCCCUAAAAGCGUAUGUAAUCUCGCCGGCGUUCUAGGCGUUCCGAGAGCACCCAGCCGAAGUCCAAGCCCUAAUCCACUCAACCCGACUACGUCUCCAGGAUACUGAUUGAGAUGAUUGUCUGAUUUACCGCAAGAGCAGGGCACAAAAUAAAAUUAUUCCUCGUUCAACUUUAUGUGCCGUGUAUUUUACAUAUUUUUUUCUUUUACGAAAUAUGUAAUUUAUUAAUUUCAAAACGGUCAUCAAAAUUGUUAUACCUGUAUCUAUCAUAUCUGUAAAAAUAAGGAACACGAUUAUGUAAUUGUAUGCUCGAGAGCGGGGUUGACGGUGGACCGCUAAUUAAUUAUUAUUAAAUAAUUCAAGGAUAUCGACAUUUACGAUUUACCUCAGCUUAUACCUGUUCGAGGAACAGGUAUCUGAGUGACAUCGAAAUUUUUAGAUUAGAUGCUCGCACAUCGUCGAUGAGACGGGAUGUAUAUUUACAUAUUUAUAUCGUUAUAGCACAUGUAUAUUUAACGUUACGUAACCAUGCAAUGACAUAAUUGAACAAACAAUUGAAUGAACCAAAUAAAUUAGAUAAAUUCAUCAAUUUAUGCAGACAACUUAUGCAUUUCUUCCUGAGAAAUUACACAAAUUUAUGUCUUAGAUGCUUACACUUUCUAACAAUUACUAACAUGUGUAUGUUAUCAUUUAAUUGACUACUUAUCUAAUCUUUGGACUAAUGACAUUAAUAAUAAUAAUUAAUUAAGGAAUAAUUCUCUCGAUAAAAUAAUUAUUCAAGCCCGUUACACACACUUGUGUAACGGGCGAAAGAACGAUAACUUGUAAUACUCGGUGCGCUUGAGCCGCGUGUAAGGACAUCGAUGAAAAAAAAAGAACGAACUUUGUUGUAUAUAAAUGUCGCAGCUUUUAUUUUUGUAAAACAAUGUAAGUGUUGAUUGUGCAAACGUAUUUAAGCAUUUCAGAUUAAAUCUCAUGGAAGUAUA